AUGGGCAUCACAGGCCUUACAGCUACCCUACAGCCAUAUGGCGUGUCUGGGGUUCUCACAGAUCAGCAUGUCGUCAUUGAUGGCCCGGCGCUGGCCUACACCAUUCUCUCUAUUUGUAGAUCUAAUGGGAUAUCUCAGCCCUCGUAUGAUCUUCUAGGCCGAGCUGUAAUCCAAUGGCUCGAUGUUCUCGCUCUACAGGUUAAGGAAAUUGAUGCCAUCUAUUUUGACGCCUAUCUGCCUGUUGGAAAACGCGAUGUCCGUAUGGACAGGUCGGCAAAGCUCUUUAUUCAGCUCAUGCAAUUCUGCAACAACUCCCCCAAAGGUUGCGACAGCAAACACUUGUAUGGCACAGCCGAACACAAUCUUGACCUCUUCACAACCAAACAGCCAAGCAACCAUAAACAACUUGUACCACCGAGCUUCCUUGUCCCCGCCAUCAUUGACGCACUUGGCCAAUGCCCCAGGUACCGUCACCUUGUGAGCCUCGUGCCAGGCGAGGCGGAUGCCUUCUGUGCCCAGCACCUUGCCGCGCAUGGGGGGAUUGUCCUCACCUCGGACUCGGAUUUGCUGGUCCAUGAUCUCGGCCAAGGGAGAGUCGUCUUUUUCCGCGACAUUCACGCUAGUGCCACAGAUACUUGGAAAUGCCUUGUCUAUGACUCAAAAAAGAUAUGCGAGAGGCUGGGCCUGAAGCCCUCAGGUGGAAACAUCUGUAGGUUUGGAUAUGAGGUCUAUCGUGAUCCACAUGCCAGCAUCUCUCAGCUUGUUCAAAACUGCUCCUCCCUGAUCCCUGACGAGGCCGAGUAUAACAGGUUCUGCCAGCAAUAUCUGCAGCAUGAACUGGCCAACUUGCCCGUCACAACCCAAGGAGAAACCGUGCAAUUGCGCAACCUCGACCCGAGAAUAUCAGAACUGGUUCUGCAACUUGGAAACCCCACAGAGGACAUUCCGGCCGAUUCAAGCUCAGAAAGCCGCAUAUUCCUUCCUGUAUUGAUAGAAAACCCCCUACGAGGGAGCGCGUGGGAACCAUGUACUCCCAUUCGACAGCUCGCAUACUCCAUAUACAGGUGGCUAGUCCCAGGCUCCAACUCAACAGUUCAUGAGUAUAGAAGGGUCCAGAAUGUGGGCCACAAAGGCAGAGAAGUCAGCGUGCUUUCUCGGCAAGAAGCCAUAGAGCUGCUUCAAAGCCUUCUGCAGACUUUGCAGCGGACACAAGAUCUCGUCGAUGGGGUUGACAACAUCUCCUGCUGGACACUUCUCUGCAUGGCGUUGAAUAUAAAAGAAUGUCAGGAACAAGAGAAGCAAUCACAUGUUCUCCAGAUCUUGACGCAAUCGUCAGAAAAUGCCAAGCCUGCCUCCAACCCUAAAAUUCCUUGGGACACCAUUCACAUUACGGCUCAUUUACAGGCUUCUCUAUACUCUUUCAGAAUACUAGAGCAAAUCUUAUCCCUUGUGCCGGACGGUGCGUGGAUUCAUUUGCCAACAGAAGCAAGGGAGCUCCAUGAGGCUCUCAAACCCCUUCCUGGGUUUACAGAAUUUCCAUCAGUGAAACGAACGGAGGAACUGCUGCGACAGAAGCUAGUACUCGAAAUUUUGGAUUUACUGCGGAAUUUUAUUGAUAUCCCUAUCAGAAAAGUCAAAGAGAAGAAGUCACGAAUGAAGAGGAAGAAAGAGAAUAAAGGCAACGGUCCACCGACAAAACGGUUUGCAAUACCAAAGGUCGGAGCGGGAGGAAGCAUCUUCAGCUUACUUGCGGAUGAAGAAUGA